ACUACACGUACUACACGUACUACACAUUCAAUACGCAUUGAUCGAGUGAACAACCUGCUACCUAGCGGGUUCGAGGACUCCGGUUCUCCGUGAAGGUCACUGACAAAGUGACAGGAUAUCCUGAGCGGUGGGCCGGGGAGGUCUUAUGGAGGUACCGCGCCGUGCCCUACCGAACAUCGCCAGACCCCAGAAGCUACACCGCAUGACGGUAACGCUCGACAUCACAGCCCGCUUUCCCGGCAAGGAUCACAACAGCACACUUCAGCGGCCAGACAUGGACCGGACGUACCGGAAAGCUAUCGAGGCGGCCUGGCCUCGACUCGUGAGAGACCUGGUGCUGAAACCCACGUUCUUACAGCGCCUGAGGACACACGGUGUGUUCUCCCAGGAAGUUUUGAACAUCAUUCAGAAUGAGCCCACCCCAGUGCUGCAGAAGUCCCUGAUGUUAAAGUUGUUGAUGAACAGAGACUCUCGCCAGUUCCACCAGUUCUGCCAGGUCCUGUCUGACAGUGGUUAUCACAGCCUGGCCAGGGCACUGGAGGACCCACAGACUGACCAGCGCGAGCAAGCGGAGGCUCUGAAAGAGGAAGUGACGAGCCUGCAGCAGCAGAACCGCCUGCUGGCCCGGCGGGUGAGGCAGCUGGAGGUGGACCAGCAGCGGACAAACAAGAAACUUGCAGAGAUAACGGCAGAACUGAGAUCCAAGGACAGUCGGUAUGCAACACAGAGCUCUGCGGACGAGGACUUGCUAAAGAAGAGGAAUAGAACACUGAGGGAACUCUUAGAGAUGGAGGAACAAUACAGGAGACGGAUGACAAAACAAAGGGACGGGCGUGGACAGAAGUUAUUAUAGUGGCCUUUAGUUGCCGUAAGGAGAGAAAUGCCUCUACCCCUAUGAUGGGGUCAAAAAAUAGGUAUCAUUUUCUGAAUGCUGAAACUGACCAUUCUAAAUGAGUGGCCAGUAGAAUAUGUAUCGUUUGUACAUUUUUAAAAAUAAUUAUGAGAUACAACUGCUGUAACUAGGCAUACAAUGCCAGCUGCUAACAUGUUUGCAAAUAUUUUUCAUGCUGUCAUAAAUGAUGUCAGGGUAAAUGGUAUCAGAAGUAGGAUGCCAGGAGUAAGUUUUUGGUUUAGAAUUGAGCUUUUAUUUAAGUCGAGAAAAGUGUCAGAACUGCUGCUGUUCAAUAAAGUGUUAGAUA